UUUCGGAGGAAGUGAGACUUAUCCCAGCGUGAAUAGCCCUGCAGCGCACCUGACGCCUUGCGCAUGCGCAGUGCAGUACGGGGUUGUUUACGACCCUACACCCAAAGAGGGAGCUCUCGGCUCGCCAUCAGACUGGCCAGUCAGCCAGCUGACAGUGAAAAUCCACCGUUGGGCGAAAUGCACAAACUCAGAGUGGAUUUUGAGAACUCUCAGGAGGGGAUACAGACUGCAAUUCACUGCAGUUCCCCCAGAGCGUUGAACAAGCAUCUGAGAAAAUACAAAUUCAAGAUGCUGACACAUGCUUCUCUGCUACGCUUCCUGCGUCCAGGCGAUUGGUUUACAUCAAUCAACCUCAAGGAUGCUUAUUUUCACAUCCCCAUUUACCCUCCACACAGAAAAUACCUGAGAUUUGCUUUUCGAGGGAAUUCUUACGAAUACCUUGUCCUCCCUUUCGGACUCUCUCUGAGCCCGAGGGUGUUUGUGAAGUGCACAGAGACAGCGGUGGGUCCACUCAGGAGGCGAGGAAUACGUGUGGCAACUUACAUAGACGACUGGCUGAUUGCCUCGUCGUCCCACCAGGAAGCUACACAACACACAGCUGUGAUAAAACAGCACUUGAUGGAUCUGGGUUUCAAAAUAAACCCGGAAAAGAGUUCUCUGCUGCCCUCUCAGAGAACAUCCUUCAUAGGUCUCUCUCUGAACUCAAUCCAUGCCACAGAAAGCCUAACGGAGGACAGGGUGAAAGCAAUGGUCAACUGUCUGUCCAGGUUUCAAAGAGGAAACCUGGUAUCAUUCAGACUCUGCAGAAGACUGUUGGGACUGAUGGUCGCAGCAUUAGUGGUAAUCCCUCUGGGACGUCUCCACAUGAGAGGAAUCCAGCGAUGGGUAGCCUCUCAGAGGUUAAAGCCACAUACUCCUCAGCACAUGCUGAGAGUUACCGCAGCCUGCACAGCAGCGCUGCGCCCAUGGCGGAACAGAGAUGCACUGACUCAGGGGGUCCCAAUGGGAGUCGUGCAGAACAGAAAAGUUGUCACAACAGAUGCCUCCUUGUCAGGCUGGGGAGGUAUAUGCGAACGCCAAAUGGUGAAUGGAACCUGGGGUCCAAAGAUGCAGUUCAAGCACAUAAAUUACAUGGAGCUCAAGGCUGUUCACCUAACGUUAAAACAUUUUCUCCCCAUUCUGAGAGCUCACCAUGUGCUGAUCAGAUCAGACAACACAACAGUGGUGGCUUAUAUCAACAGGCAGGGGGGGCUAAGAUCACUGAGGCUCCACACGCUGGCUCACAAACUAAUAAUUUGGAGCAGCAGACAUUUUCUGUCUCUGAGGGCCACUCAUGUCCCGGGAGUGUUGAACUGCGGAGCAGAUCUUCUCUCCAGGGGGAAUCCCACAUACGCAGAGUGGAAGCUCCACCCAGAGGUGGCGAGGAUGAUUUGGCAGAGGUUCGGUCAACCAUCCGUGGACCUUUUUGCUUCUCAAGAGAACAAUCAGUGUCCCAUGUUCUUCUCCCUGCACGAUCGGAAUUCACCUCUUGGGGUAGAUGCACUAGCCCACCCCUGGCCUCGCACUCUGCUGUAUGAGUUUCCCCCUAUAGCUCUCAUUUCACCUACACUAGCCAGGGUACGAGCAGAGAGUCUGACGAUGAUCCUCAUUGCACCCAAUUGGCCAGCGAAACAUUGGUUAGCAGAGAUAACACAGCUCCUCUGGCAGGAGCCGUGGCCGCUUCCUGCACGCAGGGAUCUGCUGUCUCAGGCACGGGGACAGAUUUUUCACCCCCACCCAGAAAGACUGGCUCUAUGGGCUUGGCCCGUGAGUGGUUUAACCUACAGUCCGUAGGGCUCCCACAAAAUAUUAUCGAGACGAUACAGGAUGCUAGAGCUCCUGCAACACGCUCUCUGUACGGGUACAAAUGGUUGGUUUUUGAAAAAUGGUGCUCGGAAACGCAAGAAAUACCUUUUCAGUGUUCCGUGGCUGUGAUUCUAACCUUCCUACAGAACCUGAUUGAUAAAGGAAAAGCUUUUUCCACUAUUAAGGUCUAUCUAGCAGCAAUUUCAGCCUGCCACGUAGGCUUUGAGGGGAGAACGGUCGGCCAACACCCCUUGGUCUGCCGCUUCAUGCGGGGAGCUCGCAGGAAGCUCCCUGUUUCCAGACCCAUCGCUCCAUCGUGGGAUCUACCCUUGGUGUUGGAUGCUCUCACAACCACACCCUUUCAACCAAUGGAUCAGGUGGAACUAAAGAUAGUAGCUCUAAAAACAGCACUUCUAAUAGCACUGGUGUCUACAAAGCGCGUGGGUGAAAUUCACGCUUUAUCAGUGCAUCCAUCAUGCAUGAAAUUCUCUCCAAACGGGACCAAAGUAGUUUUACUUCCCAACCCAGCUUUUGAGCCUAAAGUGUUGGGGUCAUACUCUCCCAUUGAGUUGAUGGCUUUUCAUCCAAACAUGGCAAAAUCCUUCAUCAUCCUUACCGUUGACAGGCUGCAGCCAUGUCCCGAAUUCCUCGUUUUCCAUCCACUUUUGUUGAAAUUUGCAUUUUCCCCUUUCUCCAGCUCUUUCUCCGCCUCGAGCUCCUUUUCCGAACAUUGUAAAAACAUACGAUCAACCGGAAGCAGUUCCGCGCAAACACGCGGAAUCAGUUAUAUCUGAUAAUAUAUCUGA